AUGAUCGUGGAGUCAAGAGGCUCGGCUAGUGCUUUAACGCAUCGACUUGCUUCAGCUGGCUGCCGUGGACGCUAUCCCAACAAUGUCCCGCGCGACAUAAACCGUGCUCUGCAACUGCCAGUGGACUUGCACUAUUGCACGAUCCCGGUUCGAUCUGAAUCGGACAGGAAAACCGAGACUGAAAUGAGAUCCCCGUUUAUCAUGCCCCACGAGCUGUAUGCCUACUUGAUGGAUUCCGGAAAGAUCCGUGUGACACCUGCGGAACUGGAGGACUACUGGGAGCAUCUUGCUGCACGGGCUAGGGCGAACCAGCUGCCUAUACCGACAGGGUAUGACAAGCGGGCAGUUCCGCUGGGCAUGUACGGCGACGAUGCAAGAUACAACACCUCGGGUGACAUUGCUCGCUACCCUGUCUGGACCUUGCGUGAGUUCAUAUGCCUUGGAGCACGAACAUGGAAUCCCAUCAUGAGAAUCCUCAGUUGGUCUUUCAACAUCAUCUACUUCGGAGUCUACCCGACCUUCAACCUGGACGGCGUUCGCCUUGCCGGAGCAGCUGCGAAAGUGGCAGGAACGAAGAUGCACAACAUCCCGUUCCUGCUCCCGGGCCACCUCCAUGAUUCGACAGUUGGAAACUACCCAUGCCUCACUUUGAAGGCACACAGUGGCCGCAUUUGGCUUGCUUACAUGCAUGAGUGCCUGUCCCACGAGAAGAAGGCAUCUGCCGAUGAUGAAGUGCAAAUGGCAUACUUGGUUGUGCAUCACUUGGCUACUUGGUUUCAUGUCAUGGAGACCAGUCCGAGGCGAAAGGUUACGCCGGAGCAAGCAGGCAAGAUGAUGGAUGCCGGCAUGCGCUUCCUGAAAGUUCAUGAGCAUUUGGUGUACUACGCAAGCCAGCACCACCUUUUGAGGUGGAAGGCAUUCCGACACAUCCUGGAGGACUGCGAGAUGUGGUUGGAGUCGCCGAGGGCGACGCACUGCUUUCGCGACGAGGACUUUAUUGGGCAAUGGAAAAAAUUGGCCCAAGGAUCUGGGAGCAACUCGAUCGUGAUUGUACGUUUUUUCCUUUUGGGGGGGGUUGACACGAAAUAUAAUAAGUUCAAUCGGUGCCAUCUCUAA